CUCACACUUCUUGGCUUCUCUGAAGGGCACCCCAUGUGUUUUUGAGGAAUAAAGAAAGGCAAAGCAGGAGGAAUUUCUAGCAGUCUAGCUUCUCCAAAACUAGUCUUCUAACAAAGGAAAGGCUUUCUACCUCUAGCUGCUCCAGGAAACCGUAGUCUCACAAAAGUUUCCUAAUUUGGUAGUUGUUUGUUUUCAAAAGCUCAUGUUUGCUUAUCUCACCCAGAAAGACUUCCUUUGAAACCCCCUCGAUUUCAAAGCUCAGAAAGAUUUGAACUUUGAAGUGAAUACUAUAAAGGGUUCUUGCAGCUUUGAGUUAUGAAGAGGAUCAGUAGAUCAGAUUCUUUGGGUAACUUGAUCCCCAGUUACCCAUUAAAAGAAGAGGGGAAGCAUAAUACAAGUAACAACUCCAACAAUGGUGGUUAUAGCAAGGAGUUCCAGGCAAUGUUGGAUUCUUAUGACCAAGAAGAUUGCGGUGAAGAAAGCUCAGUGAAGAAAAGGCGCUUAAGCUCACAGCAAGUAAAGGCUUUGGAGAUAAGCUUUGACGUUGAAAACAAGCUAGAGCCAGAGAGAAAGGUGAAACUAGCUGAGGAAUUAGGCUUAGAACCAAGACAAGUAGCUAUUUGGUUCCAAAACCGCAGAGCACGUUGGAAGACUAAGCAGUUGGAAAGAGAUUACGGUGUGCUGAAAGCUGAUUAUGAUGCCUUGAAGAACAAUUAUGAUAGCCUUGAGAGAGAGAACAGAGUUCUAUCUGAAAAGGUGAAAGAGCUAAAAGCAAAGAUAUGUAGAGAUAGUGUAGAAAGCGAUCAGUCUGUCAAAGAAGAAUCACCAAUUUCAGUGUACAAGAGCAGUGUGAUGGAGCAAAGUAGAGACCAGGAUUUGAGUGACAAUGGUGACAAUGCAGGGCUAGAUUUGUACAACAACUUGAAGUCCAAAGAUGGAUCAUCAGAUAGUGAUUCAAAUGGAGCUGUGAAGGAAGAGAGCAAUGGCAAUGAGUCUUCUCUGGGGUACAAUGGUCAUUCACUGUCUUCGAAUUCGAUGAACUGGUUUCAUAAAGGGUAUCAUUAUCAAACUCAGUUUGUGAGGAUGGAGGAGCAGAGUAUGUUUAAUGCAGAAGAGUCUUGCAAUUUCUUUUCAGUUGAUCAAGCUCCUAGUCUUCACUGGUAGAAUUAAAAACUAGUUUAAUUAAGAGCUUUGAUGGUUUAAUAAGAUUGGUCUUAAUUUUGUA